AUGGGUAUGAUGUGUCGCAAGAGCAUCUCCCAGUACCAUGAGCAGCGCUGGAAGCGCAAUAUUGACCGCCGCUGGCAUGGACACAACACUACCUUCUCAGUUCAUACUGAGGCGCCCUACUUCGAGACUGUCCAGAACGGUACUUGCGUGUUGACUCCCGAGGUUACUCAAGGACCCUAUGUCUACCCUCCUUCGCAAAUCCUCCGUCAGGAUAUAAGUGAGGGCCAGCCUGGUGUACCACUGUGGCUAGAUAUUGGUGUUCUCAACAUGGCUACAUGUGAGCCUCUUGAAGAUGUUCUUAUUGAUAUCUGGCAUUGCAAUGCUACAGGUUCCUACUCCAGCUUCACGCACCUGUCGCCGAACACUCCUUUCCCUGAGAUUCUUAAGCAGGAGGGCAUCAAUGAGAGCGACUUCAAGAUGGGUGUCACUGACCUGCAUACUGAUGACACUACCUUCCUGCGCGGAAUGUGGCCUACUGAUAAACACGGUAUGAUGGAAAUGAAAACCAUCUUCCCUGGAUUCUAUAUCCAGCGUACAAUCCACAUCCACGUCCAAGUUCACACCGACUGGUCUCUCCGUGAAAAUGGUACUAUUAUGACUGGUAAUACUGUCAGCACUGGCCAGCUUUAUUUCGAUGAAGCACUGGAACAGAAGAUUAUGUCUCUCGAGCCCUACGCCUCUCACACGCAAAUCAACCGUACCACCAACGCCGAUGACCUUGUUUUCCCUUACGACACGGCUGGAGGCUUCAAUCCUGUUGUUAAUGUAGUACCCAUGGAUGGAAAGGACGUGACUAAGGGAAUGAUUGGUUACAUUACCCUUGGUGUUGAUACCAGUGCCAUUGAACAUGGUGACAACUAUGUCGGCGACCCAUAG